AUGGCCUACAUUACGCGACGGAGCUAUAGCAGCAAACCCAAGCCUCCUUCACCUCAUGUGAUGGUAUACAAGAACUUCGGUCGUCCUUUUGUGAAGAUCUUUGUAGGGGCAUUGAUAUGUUAUCAAGCUGCUUACUGGACGUGGAACAAACUAGAGCAUGAAGACAUAGCUCAUCGCAGUGGAAAUGUGACACCUACCCAAACGCCAAACAAUUGA